AUGGAAGAGUCUGGUCAGAUGGAGCGGUCAGUGGAGGGGCCCAGGGACCAGGGGGAGCACUUUUAUCAGGGAAGCAAAGCUAACCACUUGUGUUAUGAACUCAGUAUCUGGGCUGCUGCUGUUUGCAUGCAGAGCGCCAGCAGCUCUUGUGUGCUCUUUGUCCCGCUGCGUCGCCACGGAAACGGCAUCCCCAAAUGCCCCACGCAGACACGGGUCCUCGAAUGCCCCGAGAAGGCCGAGGCCCGUCGCCGUGGUUACCCUCGGAAACACGCCAUGAGUGAGAGUGACCUCACCACCGUGACUAAGGACGACUCAAGUCAGUGUUGA